AAAAAUCGGAGUCAUGUUCCUUUUCUCCCUUCCCUUCUACAUUUAACCAGUUGUCAAAUUCUGUUGAUUCUGCCACAGAAAUUCUUCCUCUGUCUGUCACCAUUGUUAUAUGACUGUUAUAGGCCCAACUUUUUCAGCUGGUAUCCCUGACUCUGCUCUUUAGUUCUGUGCCUAUCAGCUAGUGGAUGAGUUACCAAUUGACAGUGUAAUGCUUUCCAUGUCACUCCCUCGUUCAAAACCUCCUGAAGUCAUCCUAUUGUCUAUAGUGACCCCAAAAGAUCCUUCAUGGUUUGGCUCAAACUCUCAUAUCUCUUCAUUUACUGAUACAAGCAAAAGUUUAUUUAGAAAGUCACAGAGGUAGAAGAAGUGAGCUGUGGAAGAAGUGUGUCAGCUAAGCUGUGUGGGCUCAAGGAACAAGUUACAGAGGCAAAAGAAGGGCCCUUAGAGCUUAGGAGAAAGGGAUUUGAUUCGAACUAUUCGGGACCCAGAGAAGCCCAAUACUUUGGAAGAACUGGAAGUGGUAACGGAAAGUUGUGUGGAGGUUCAGGAGAUAAAUGAAGAGGACUAUUUGGUUAUUAUCAGGUUCACGCCAACAGUACCUCAUUGCUCUUUGGCAACUCUUAUUGGACUGUGCUUAAGAGUAAAACUUCAGCGGUGUUUACCAUUUAAACAUAAGGUCCCUUUAAGGCGACAGCGCCUUCUCUGGCGCCUUCUCUGGUGCCUUCUCCAGGUCAGACUACCAGCAGCGACCACGAGAGCAUGGCGGACACCGAGAGCAUGGCAGACGCGGACCUGUUUAUGGAAUGUGAGGAGGAGGAGCUGGAGCCAUGGCAGAAAAUCAUCAAUGAUGUCAUUGAGGAUUCUGAAGUUGAAGAUGAUAAUUCAGUGGAUAAAACGACUACAGUUUCUGUGAGCCAGGAGCCAGUCUCAGCUCCAGUGCCCAUCGCUCUCUAUGCUUCUGUUGUUAAGCACAGUGGGGCACAGAACAAAGACGGUGCAAAGAGGACUCUUGUCAGACUAAUUGUCGAGGACAAUCCCCAAAUAAAGCGUCGUCGUCGAUAUAAUAUGCCUGACGACCAAGAAUUGCCACCAUAUGUUUCUCCAUCUGAAAGAAGGCGACGUCGUCUACAGAAUAUGUCUGAAGAAGAACGAUUGGCACAACGUACCUCUGAAGCCGAAAGAAGCCGGCGUCGUCGACAGAAUAUGUCUGAAGAACAACGAUUGGCACAACGUACCUCUGCAGCCGAAAGAAAGCGACGUCGUCUACAGAAUAUGUCUGAAGAACAACGAUUGGCACAACGUACCUCCGAAGCCGAAAGAAGCCGGCGUCGUCGACAGAUGAUGUCUGAAGAACAACGGUUGGCACAACGUAACUCUGCAGCUGAAAGAAAGCGACGUCGUCUACAGAAUAUGUCUGAAGAACAACGACUGGCACAACGUACCUCUGAAGCUGAAAGAAGCCGGCGUCGUCGACAGAAAAUGUAUGAAGAACAGUCAUCGACAAGUACUACCAGUACUGAUAGGAACUGCCUUCAUAGCGAAAAUGAGUUGGAAAUCUACAUUUCUGAAGGAACUCACUCAACAGAGGAAGACAUCAACAAGCAGAUAAAUGACAAAGAGCGAGUGGCAGCUGCAAUGGAGAACCCCAACUUACGGGAAAUCGUGGAACAGUGUGUCCUUGAACCUGACUGAUAGCUGUUUUAAGAGCCACUGAACUUGUUUGAUAUGUCUGUUUAAACUCCUUGUAAAAUGUAAAAGACUCAUGUUUAAUACAUAGGUGAUUUAUACCUCAAAGCAUUUUUUUAAAAGAUGAUUUCCAAGCAAGAUAAGGUAGUACCUAGUUUGUUCAUUGUAUAACAUUCUCAGGAUUUGUAACACUUAAAUGAUCAGACAGAAAAAUAUUUUCUAGUUAUUAUGUGUAAGAUAAGUUGCUAUUUUUCUGAUGCCUAUUCUGAUACAACUGCUUUUCAUGUCAAAUAUUUACUGUGUCCAAAUGUAUUCAAUUUAAAUCAUUACUCUGUAAAAUAAAUAAAGCAGAGGUGAUUCUUUCAAUGACA